AUGUCGCGCACGCCGACCCUCUGGCCGUCGAUUCACACUGUCCAUCGCAUAACGCUCGAUACCUCGCAAUCGAGUAGCAAAUCCAUCCAAGAGCGUUUUGCGCAUGCCGUGCGGGCGCUACAGUGCGUGCUACUGGUCGUACUCUCGCUGAAGGUGUGCCGACCCGCUGCUUUUUUCUGGGCGCCCGUUGUCGCGCUCCUUCCCCAGCGCCGGUAUCUCGACGAGGUCCCGGAAACCGUACGCAUUCGUGACGCAGGACCCGCAGAUAUUAACUAA